AUGAGUUCAGUAUGCUGUGUGAAGACAAGGGAAGGGAAAUAGAGGGUGUGGAGACACCGAUUUAAGAGUACACAAAGAAAAAAAAAACAAGAAAGGAAAGACUGAAAGAGGACAGCAGAGAGAGAGAGAGCGAGAGAAAGAAAGAAAGAAAGAAAGAAAGAAAGAAAGAAAGAAAGAAAGAAAGAAAGAAAGAAAGAAAGAAAGAAAGAAAAAGAGAGACUACUCAGUGCUACAGGCCCUCACCAUGGCGGAGAAGUGUGUGGUUCCAAGGCCUCGGGGCCGUGCACCGGCGGUGUGUGCUGUGGUGUUGAGCAGUCUUGCACUAGUGGUGGUUUGGCUGCUGGACUCCAGGCUGAUGAGAGAGACAACAGGUCUUGUUGUAGUGGGUCUGAGUCUGGGUGUGACAGUCCACAGCCUAUGCCUGCUUACUGAAGAGUGGCUGUUUCAUUCACAACAGAGGUAUGGUGGCAGCAUCCAGCGGAUGCUCUGGGCCUGUUUCAACAGUGCUACUCUAGGAGGUGUGUGUGUGGUCAUUUUGCUGCUGUUGGUGGGAGGUUUUCAAUGGACAUAUGGCCAGUGUGUCUUAUGUGUCUUAACCAGCGCAGUCUUCCUACUUCUGAAGAACCUCAGAGUUCUGGGCCCUGCACCAGUAGAGAUCUCAGAGGUGUGUGAGAGAAGGCAGCUGAAUGUAGCUCAUGGCUUGGCCUGGUCCUUUUACCUAGGUUAUCUGAAACUUGUAAUACCAGAGCUCGAGCAACAGAUAAAGAAACACUACAACCAGACCGGAGAGAUUCCCCAUUCGUCCCGGCUUCACAUUCUCCUCCCUCUGAGCGCAGUGGCCCCUGCAAAGAUAGAGGAAGAAGAUCAUAAUGUACUUUUCCAUCAGAACCUCCCAGAAAUGCAGCUCAACCGCGCCGGCGUCAGGAAGAGAGUUUACAAACACAGCAUCUACAAAAUCACUGACCACGAACAGGAGUAUUACUGUGUGGUGGAAUACGCCACACCUCUGCUCACCCUCUAUCAGAUGUCUCAGGACAGCACUGCAGGUUUGAGUGAGAAUGACAGGAGACAGCAGGUCCUGCUCUUCUACAGAACUCUUAGCCACAUCCUGGAAUGUUCUCUAGAGUGUCGGAACCGUUACCGCCUUAUCCUGAUCGAUGACCAGCAAGCUGCCGAAGAACCUCACUAUCUGUCCAAGGAGAUCAUCAGACACUUACUGCAGCAGGAGCAUGAGAUCCCAAUGGACCUGCUGGAGCCUGCUUCACAGCCUGUACUUGAACAGGGGGUGAAUAUGGCUCCACUUUAUUUCCACCACCAGGAGAAUGAUCCACUUAGCUCUCUGCCCAGCCUGAUGAUUAGUGCACCACAAUCUCUGAGAUCAGAACCUGUGGAGAAUACAGACUACACCCAAAACCACUACAACCACAAUAGACACAUAUAAACUUAUACCUCAUGUACAUAAUACAUUUUUAUCUGACGUUGUUUGUAUAUUUACGUUUUAUACAUAACAUAUUAUAUAUUACAAUAAAUGUAUUUUCUAUGUGAAUUUUUUAUUUUAAACCUUUGUACCUUUUUAAUAUGAAAAAGUGAAUGUAUUCCAAGUUUAAAGUAAAAGCUGAAACGCACUUGAAUUGUUUGUGAUGUUUAUAGUGAUUUUAACAAUGAUGGGUUGGAUUUGUGUGAGAAUUUUGCUUAUUGAUGGGAAGAUUGGGAUUCAGGUUUUAAAAAAUUUCAUAAAAAGGACCAUUAAAGUAGCAAUUUGUGUUUUGUUUAGAUCUAUAGUUUAGAUUUUAAAAUAUUUUAAAAUUAGAAUUUUAGAUAGUUUUGAAAUUAAACUAUUUCACAGUUUCUUCCCUUUGAUACUGUAGAGUAUUCUAUUUGUAUAUUUUAUUAUUGUAACUAUAUUUUAUUUUAUCUGAACUUUGUUUUUAUUGUACUUUUAUGACACAGUGAAAACAUUUCACUACAUGUUGAAUAUCUAAAUAAAUAAAUAAAUAAAUAAAUAAAGUGACAGUGCAUGUGGAAGAAUGUGUAGUGACUCUGUAAAGUAUAUUCAAAUGUCAAAAGAAUCAAAUGAAUUAAAUAGCAUAUGGCGAUGAUUUAUUGUAAAAAUAAUAUUCAUGUCGUUAUUAAGAUUAAGAUGGUUAUCUUGAAGACAAGUUAUGUCCGCUGUAUUGUCUAUGGAAGAGACCCUUUCGAAUGAAAUCCAUGUGCGAGUGACACAGAGGAUGUGCGGAACCAUCACGCUGACACAUGCAUGUGUGUGAUGUGGAGUUCAGACUGACAUGUCUGGGUUUUUUAGACAGAAGUGGGAGACUCACAUGCUUACAGACAAUGACAUCAUCCUAAGCACCUAUCCCUUUCUGGUGUAUCUUUAAUAACACUGUAUAAAUAUUCCUGUCUGGUGAGUCACCACUAACCUGAUUACCAGCUGUCUAGCUUGUAGAUAACAAGUUUCCUAUUUAGAUUCAUUUACUGAAAGGUUGUCAUUAACACUGAGAGGACAUUUGAAGUAAUGGCUACAGUCAAUAACACUGAAAUCACCUUAUUUUCUCAUUUUGAUGUUUGAUAUGAGCAAUAAAUGAGGCUCUUUGGAUUAGCUUUUACUUUAUAUUAGCCGUAUCAGCUUUUACUUUAUUUCUUUUAUACACGAUUGGUCGAUUAAACCAACAUGUGUAAAGGUGUCUCUAAUAAAUUUGACUGUGAGUGUG